UCAAACCUGUAACCUUUAGAGCCAAAGGCGGUAGCGCUAACCACUAUGAUACCACCUAUUCCACAGCUUUCAGAUAUGGUUUGGAUAAAAUUUUGCUAACAAGAACUCUUCCUGUUUGUAAAUAACCAUCAAAGUAGCACAAUGUGUAUUUUGCAUCCGGUGCUUAAUUUCUACCUACUAUAUUACAGUUAAACAUGUUUGGCCAAAGUGAUGACUGUAGAGGUGUGUUCUGGCGCCCCCAGAGGACACUGAAAUAAAGGCACAUUGUCAGUACUCUACAGGAGAAGAUGGAUAUUAUAAAAAGAUUUAAAAGAAAUCAAACUGUCUAAACUGCUUUUAUCAUUAUUAUCACGUGCUUUCUCUUCAAACUUAGUUCUGAGUAUGCCAUGAGUUUCAGAAGGCUGCACCACAACCGUUUCCCCCAGCAAAAGCGCUAUUUUCAUUAUGUGACCUGGUGUAACACGACACUCCAUAGGAACAAAAGUGUUCCAUUACGGUGGAACUGACUGUGUUAUAUUCCUCGAUAACACUGUACGAAGCAUAAGAAGGAGCACAGUAGUAUCUAUCUAGAAUGUUUAUGUUUGCUCUUCUGGGUUUCAGUAUGUGCUGGUGGUAUUACCUUCAGCUGAGACGUACGUCACUUUGGAGAAAAGCGUUUACUAAAUGAAUAAAUGCAAAUGUCAAUUGAACUUCCUCCGCAAGUAUCGAAUGUUUGUUGUGCUCAUGGCAACGAAACAGACCCAUGUGCCAACCCCUCCCCCACAGUGUGUGUCUCAAUGGCAACAGAGCUGCAGCACACAACCGUAGAAAAUUCAGCAUUACCAACACGUAGCAAGGGUCAGAAAUGCCCAACCUAGUGGGACACAGCACUGGGAAAGCAGACAAGAAAUAUGAUAAAUGUAUGAAACCUGGAUGGAGGAUAGAGCAAAAGUACAGUAAUAAAGUUCUCAUUGGUAACUGGGUGGAAGACAGACUUCAGUUCAGCCGGGAGUGCGGGGCACCCAGGAGCAUUCAUCGGCAGGACUACCGUCCACACAAAGACCACCAGCCCAACGUCAUCGUGCAAAGAGCCUCGCUGCGUCGAGCGGAGGGCCUGCCUGGCAAGCUGCUCCUGGGCCAUCACGGUGCUCCUCACUCUCACUACCUGGUCAGUGUCUAUGGUGAGACGUACGGGCGGCAGACCUGCGGCACCCUGCCCACCCUGCAGUCGUGGUACCCCAUCCAGCCCGAGAAACGGGAGCGCCCUGCUCUGAGUACCUCGGACAUCUGUCACAGCGACGCUGAGUUGCUGCGCACGUGUGUGUGCAAGCGCCUCUGGCAAACCCAGCCAGUCCAUGCUCUUGUCUCCUCAGCCCCUCCGAUGACCUUCAGGCCGACGGCGUCGUGGUGCCCCCCAUGGCCAAAGCGAAGAAGCGACGUGCCUGCGCUGACCACAUACCGUGCUUCAUACCCACUGUGGCACCCCCUGCCAACACCUGUCAGUCAGCCAAAGGUCUGCAGGGAUGCUCCAGUAGUCCACCGCCCGCAAUGUGAAUGAGAGCAGAGACUGGGACCAUAGUGCCGCCUGUGUCUGUCAGCGUGUGAUGGACCACCUGGGCUGCCCCCCCAUCCCCCAUCCCUGCAGUGUAGGUGCACUGUUCUUCCUUCAUGUAGCCCAUGGUUUCCAAGAACCCCUGAGGAAAGUGUACCACUACAGGAGGCUGAUGUGCUGCUAUGACAGCAAGAUGUAAAUGAAGCAGUAUAUUAUUAGGAAAUUGACCGAACUGGGUAUUAAAUAGCAUCCACCUGGAAUUCCUCAUGAUGCCCCAGAAGUUCCCUUUGAGGAAGAGAAAGAGGAGCUGGA